AUGGACGAGGUGCGUGAGUGGUUUGCCCGGCGCUGGAGGCGUGCUGCUCGAGCUGGAGGUUCUUCGGCUGCUGAGAGUGCUGGUGCCACGGGUCCCGGAGGUGCUCGUACAAGGAGUACUGGAGCUGCUGGGCCUGCGGGUACUACUGGAGCUGGAGCCACUGCGUCAUCUCGUGGUCGGACUGGAGCUGGAACUGCUAAGGGUGUUGGCGCUGAGGGUACUGCUGGCGGUACUGGAGGCGGUCCUGCUGGGGGUGCUACUGGUGCUGAUGGAGGUCCUGGAGCUAGUGGAGCUGCUGGGGGUGCUGGAGCUGGCGGUGCUGUUGGCGCUAGUGCAGCCACUGGGGGUACUGGUGCUGUCCCUGCUGUGUCUGGAGUCGAUGCGCGGCCUCGGCCGUACUUCGUUCCGCUCCUUGAGCAGGUUCUUUGUCUCCCGCCUUCUACUGGUCCUCCUCCCUUAGAGUGUCCACAGCCUGUCCCGUCACUGCCGCAGUUACAGCCGGCCUCCCCAUUGCCUGCUCCUUCUCCCUACACUGGUCCUACCGAUAGUCUUGCUAAGCGUCGUGAGCCUGCGUCUCGCCCUGCGUCGCUUGUCCGUGCUGCUCGCGCUAGUGGUCGUGGUUCACGUCAGCGUCCUCCUCCUCUCCCUGGCACGCACCGGAUGUCUCUGCGUCCGUCCACUGCUCCUCUGCGUGCCCCUUUGCCUUCUCCUCCUGAGUCUUCUCUUCCUGCUCUUGACGACCCGGAGUCGGACUCUCUUCGUGCUGCCAGUCCUACUGUCACGCGUCUACUUUCUACUGUUGUCACUGACCCUUCCUUUGAGUCCACUGCUGCGUCUGCCCUAUUUGUUGAGCUCGUCGAAUUUGCUGCUCGCUAUCGCCUAGGCUACGCUGCUAGUCUUUUACAGUUAUAG